AUGUCGGGCUAUGGGCUAACCUCCGGCAAACCAGGCCAGCAGCAGGCCGAGGCCGACGACUACUUUAGCCGGCCAUCUGAUUCCGAAUUCGAAGAACGAAUACCCUCCAAGUCACGCCCAGAUAUCCUAUCUUCGGCCAUCCGCGGUUUCAAGAAAAUUACGCCCGGAGGACCCUCUCUAAGACCCGCCCAGCUAUCCUUGCGCCGGCCGGCAGAGACGCACGCCCCUACGCUCGAGAGGGCCGCCGCCUCUGCGCCGCUUCUGCAAGGACAGCAUCGCCAGCCGUUGGCGCAACAUGCACGAAGUCUGAGUCUACAAGAUAGCCUCGCGAAACCCUUGCCCGAGCCGCCCCCGCCCGAGCUUUCUCCCGCGAGCCCUUUUACGCCCCUCGCCCUUCAGGCCCAAUCACAGAGUCUGGCUACAGCUUUCGACACCGAGGAACAAAAGAACGAUAGCCGCCCCGGCACCAUGGAAUCGGCGUCAUCGAUGGAGAUGAGUGGCGGUCUGUACCCAAGAGGACACCUUAACCACGGCCAAGACGUGAACUUCAACAGCAGCCAGAGCAGUCUGGCGAGCUCAUCGCGCCAAGAUGGGCAGGAUGACCGGGGCGAUAAUCUGACGCCCAAGAGCAUUGGCCCGCUGUCAGCCGGGCCCUCGCCAAGUAUCGGACAAUCGAGGACACAGACGGGUGGGACGGCGGUUGGCACGGCGACUCCAUCUGCACACCUGUCUGGGCUGAUGUGCAACGUGCACAGGACAACGGGAAGGGAACCGCAUCCUCUUGUCGGGGCAACGACGACGAUCCUGGGCGACAAGCUCUAUGUCUUCGGCGGGAGGAUAUUGUCCAGGAGCCGGCCGGCGCCCUUGACGGCGGAUUUGUACGAGCUGGAUCUGAUCCGCCGCCAUUGGACGAAGCUCGAGACGACAGGCGACAUCCCACCGCCCCGCUACUUUCAUUCCAUGUGCGCGCUUGGCGACACGAAGAUGGUCUGCUACGGCGGAAUGUCGCCGACGACGAGCCAGAAGAACAUACCACAAGACCAACAGCCCGAAGUCACCGUCAUGUCGGAUAUCUACAUCUACGACGUGCCGACCAAAAAGUGGACCUUCAUCCCGACCCAAGACGCUCCACAAGGCCGAUACGCACAUUGUGCAUGUGUGCUUCCGUCUUCGGCGACGUUCGCCUCCCAUAGGGCACCGCUUUCGGCGCUGCAGCACAAUCCUUCGACUGGCAACCCGAACGAGGGCCGGAUAGGCAUCAAUAUCGACGGGACUGGCGGUGCCGAGAUGGUUGUCGUCGGCGGCCAAGAUGCUUCGAACCAUUACAUUGAGCAGAUUAGCGUCUUCAACCUGCGCAGCCUGAAAUGGGUUUCGACCCAGCCGCUGGGCAAGAGCUGUGGCGCGUAUCGCAGUGUGGUGGCGCCGCUUCCGCCGUCCGUCACGGCAAAACUCGGCAAGGCGUUCCCCGGGGGCGGACGGCAGGAGGUUGGGGGCAUCAGCCAGGAAGCGAGAGAACCCGGGUCCAGCAUGCUCAUCUACAGCAACUACAACUUUCUAGACGUCAAGCUUGAGCUCCAGAUUCGCUCACCCGACGGACACCUCACUGAGCGGGCCAUGAGCGGCACGUACAGUCCCCCUGGGCUUAGGUUCCCCAACGGCGGGAUCAUUGAUACGCAUUUUGUCGUGAGCGGCACGUACCUCACCUCGUCCAAACAAGAAUACGCUCUCUGGGCACUAGAUCUGCGGACACUCACAUGGAGCCGCAUCGACGCCGGUGGCGCCGUGUUCAGCCAGGGCAGCUGGAACCGCGGUGUUUUGUGGAACCGGCGGAACACGUUUGUCGUGCUGGGCAACAGGAAACGGAGCCUUGUGGACGACUACAACCACCGGAGAAUCAACUUCAGCAACGUCUGCAUGGUCGAGCUUGAGGCGUUUGGUUUCUAUGACAACCCCCGGAAGACGGCGCCCAUGAGCGGGUUUGUCAGCGCCAGCAGCCCCUACACGGGUCCUGGUUUGAGCUUGGCCCGUAAAGCGGGCUUCACCGCUGGCGGGAGGUUCCACAGCCGCGCUGCCGAAGAACUGGGCGAAAAAGCUCUUGCGUUGAGGGAGUUAGCCGAUAUGGAUUUCCUCUGCAUCGGUGGCGAGCGGAUUCCAGUUAACUCGAGAAUUGUCGCGAGGAGAUGGGGCCCGUACUUCGUCCAGCUGCUGAGGGAAGGCACCGCCACCCAAGACGGCAGCGAUGCCGCGACGCUCAGGUCGAACUCGGUCUCCGGACCCAGCGGCUCGAUCCGGGCCUCCAACCUCACCAUCACCCCCACCAACAUGAGCGGCAGCACAUUGUAUUCGAUCAGCAGCUCAACCAGCAAGGCAAGCAGCAGCAUGUCACCACCCUCCGGUGCUGCUGCUGCUGCGGCGACAGACCAAGCCGCCAUCAACACGGCUCCGACGCCCCGCACGCUCCCCCCCAACAGCCGCCCUCGAUGUCUGUAUCUUCCGCACACUUACCUCACCGUCCAAGCCCUCCUCCACUUCUUAUACACCUCGAGCCUGCCCGCCCCGUCCUCUCCGCUCUGCACCCCGCAGAUUCUCUGCAGCCUCCUUCAGAUCGCCCGCCCUUACCGGAUCGAUGGCCUUCUGGAGGCUGUCGUCGAGCGGUUGCAUGGUUUGCUAGACAGCCGUAACGCGGCUGCCGUGUUCAAUGCCACGGCCAUGGCGGCCGGCGGUGGGCGCGGGAUUGAUGGGACGCUGAAUCCGAAUUUCUUUCCGCUGUCGGCGGGGCUGGAUGGGUUGGGUGGUGCUGGUGGUGCUGGUGAAGCGGCUGCUUCGCAGGUGAAUGGGACGGGCGGUAGGAGUGUUGCUGGCAGUGAGAUUGCCGCCGAUGGGACUGCCGGUGCUGCUGCUGGUGCUGGUGGGAAAAACAAGCUGAAGAUUAGCACGGUUGGGCUGCCUGGGGCAUCAAGGCCGAGCAACGACGAGCCUCUGAGCGCCACGUCGGCUAGUGAGAUGAGCGGGAGUGAAUGGAGCGCGUCUGAGUUUGGGGAUAGUGAGAGGGGCGGUGGGAGAGAGAUUUGGGGUGGGGAUCUGAGCAGUGUUGUUGGCUUGCAGAAGAGGGGGUUGAGGGGCUUGAUGGAGGGGAGAAGGAUGAGGGAGCGGACGGGGGCAGGCGCGGGCACCGCGGGUGGUGUUGGGGUUGCUGGGCAAGGGCAGCAGGGGGCGCAAUAUGGGCAGGUAAGGGUCGGGUUGGGGAUUGCUGAGGGCCGGUCCAUCCAGCCCAUACUCAUUCACGGCAAUCUGUGGAUCGGCAACGCUCCCACCCGGAAGGAUACGGGCGAGCCGAUGAUGUUCGAUGCCUCGGCUUUCUGGGGCCACAAUGAGAACGAACUCAGCAUCAUGCGCCCUCUGGGCAACGACUGGGCCGGGAAUGCAUGGCAAGCUACCACCUCCGCAUACCCAAGUCUGAGCCUCGGGAGGACUGGGAUGCUCGCAACGCGCUCUAUGCUACGUGAGAACUAUACCCGCGGCGUGCUCCAUCUGCACUCCCUCUCGGUGCUGACUGAGUUCCUUAGGAGGACAUACACCCACGACUCUGCGCUCUACCCCGAUGAACUAGGUUCAGCCAAAAUGAUGUUGGGCUUUGGCGUGCGCGUGUUGGUGACGCCAAAUGGCGCGUGCGAGGUGGUGCUCCCGCCCAUCUUUGACCGGCACAUUGAAGAUCCUGUCCGACAUGUCCUGAUCAACUACCCCGGCACCCUAUUCCAUCUCACGACCCUAGGGGAAGACGAGGCGUGGGACAGCACCGGGGAGCUCGUCGGCAGAUACGAAAACUCCACCACCCUUGGAGAGCCUGACGAAGACAAGCACGCGGCUUGCAGUGGCGAAUUGUCGCCGCCGCCGCCGGCCGAGUGGACAUCACACAACGACUGCGAGCUGCUCGUCCGGACGAGGCGGUCGAACAAGGACUGCCGCACCGGCUUUGAGAUUUUGGACGUGUCUGGCCUGACAAACCACCACAGUGCCACCACGACAACAAGCAUGUCUGUCAACUGCCUCACUAAGGGCCUCCUCACCCACGUCAAAUCGGUCGUCGGGCUGCACAAGUCGCUGCUAUACUUUGUCGACGUGAAGGGCUAG